AUGGCUUCCAAUCCAGGCAUUCUAUCAGAAUGGCCAUGGACACCUUUUGGAAGAUUUAAGUACCUGGUUUUGGCACCAUGGGUGAUGGAUAGCAUCUACACUACUUUCUUAAAGAAAUGCAACAACGACGACAACAGAGGACUAGACAUGACUUGCAUAUUUUUGUUACACUUAGUAGUUUCCAGAGUUAUUCACUGCCAAAUCUGGAUAAGCUUAUCUCGUUUCAAAACUUCCAAAUCCAAGAGCCGGAUAGUUGACAAACCCAUAGAAUUCGAACAAGUUGACCGAGAAAACAAUUGGGAUGAUAACAUCAUAUUGCAAGGAAUGUUGUUUUUUAUGGAUCACAAAUAUGUACCGUGGCCGGGAGCUUCAUACUUUCCCGUCUGGAGAACUGACGGUAUUGUCAUGAUCAUUCUACUCCAUAUGGGGCCUGUCGAAUUCCUCUACUAUUGGCUUCACAGAGCUUUGCACCACCAUUUCCUUUACUCGCGCUACCAUUCUCACCAUCAUUCCUCCAUUGCCACUGAACCCAUUACCGCGGUGAUACAUCCAUUUGGGGAGCAUCUCAUGUAUUUCAUAGUUUUCGCAAUACCACUGCUAACAAUGGUGUUCAAUGAAACUGUUUCCAUGGUUGCUGUUUUUGGUUACCUUAUGUAUGUUGAUUUCAUGAACAACAUGGGCCAUUGCAACUUCGAAUUUGUGCCUCCUUACCUCUUCACUUUCUUUCCACUCCUGAAAUACAUCUUCUACACUCCCUCAUACCAUUCUCUUCGCCACACUCAAUUCCGGACAAAUUAUGCACUAUUCAUGCCAAUGUACGAUUACAUAUACGGGACGAUGGACAAGUCAAGUGACGAUUUGUACAACAAAUCACUUAGAAGGCAGGAAGAAUCACCUCAUCUCGUACAUCUAACACAUCCAGUUACACCAGAAUCCAUUUACCAUCUUCGGAUAGGAUUGGCCUCCUUAGCUUCUGAACCAUAUGACAAUACUUUUCCUUGUAAUAAGUGGUACUGUAUAAUGAUUAAGGGGUUGUUGUGGCCAAUGAAUUGGAUGUUUAACUACGGCAGUACCUUUGUAGCCGAGAGAAACAGUUUUAUUGGACAUGGAACAGGAAAAGCAAGUAUGCAGACAUGGGUAGUACCAAGAUGCUCUUACCAAUAUACUUUACCAAAUCAAAGAGGAGGAAUAAACAGAUUGGUUGAGAAAGCCAUACUUGAUGCUGAUAAGGCUGGUGUCAAGGUGUUAAGCUUGGGUCUUCUAAACCAGGGAGAAGAAUUGAAUGGAAAUGGCGAAGCCUACAUACUAAACCAUCCGGAACUGAAGAUCAAAGUUGUAGAUGGGAGUAAUUUAGCUGCAGCAAUCGUGGUCAACAACAUCAUUAAUGUUAUCCAAGCAGCAAGAAGCACAAAUCUUAAGACUCAGCAAGUUGUUGCGAUGAUUAAAGGGAAAGUAACAAAGGUGGCUUGUUCAAUUGUGUUGGCUUUAUGCCAAAGAGGAGUUCGAGUCGUGGUUAACUCAAAAAAUACUGAUGAUUUUGAGGAUCUCAGUACAAGCAAAGAUUACCAAAGCAGUAGUAUACAUAAUAAUUUGAUUCUGUCAACAGAUUAUUAUAGCAGUGUGUGGGUUGUGGGCGACGGAUUCAGUGAAGAGGAGCAUAUGCGUGCGCCAAAAGAAACUAUCUUCAUUCCAUAUUCACAGUUUCCUCUUUGGUUCGAUUUUAAGAAGAAUAAAGACACUACUAAUAUUUACCGCAAGGAUUGCACUUACUACAGUACCCCAGCCAUGAUAAUCCCUCCAUCUCUCCAGAAUGUGGACUCUUGUGAGAAUUGGUUGCCAAGAAGGGUAAUGAGCGCAUGGAGAGUCGCAGGAAUGUUGCGCGCACUAGAGGAUUGGAAAGGGCACGAAAGUGGGAACUGGUCGAAGGAGAAAGUGAUGAUUGAUAAAGUAUGGUCGGCUAGUUUAUACCAUGGCUUCCGCCCUUAUGAUUUGCCUGUUCCAGCUUAG